UUCUCUCUCGCUCAUAUCAUAUUCAUUCUCUCUCACACAUCACCCACACACAUUCACAUACAUAUACACACAUUCUUUCUUUCUCUCCAAUUUCUCUUUCAUUUUCCAUUUCCAUUUUCAUUUUCAUUUUCUCUUAUUUCCUCAUUAAAACCGAUUGUUCAAUGGCGGUUCCUCCCUCGGUCGCCGCCACUCCGGCUUCUCUUUACGUCGGCGACCUCCAUCCCGAUGUCUCCGACGGACAGCUUCACGAAGCCUUCUCUGAUUUCAAGACUCUCGCUUCUGUUCGCAUUUGCAGAGACUCUUCCACCGCCAAAUCACUCUGUUAUGGCUACGUCAACUUCCUUUCUCCUCAAGACGCAAUUAAUGCGAUUGAGCUGAAGAAUCAUUCUACAUUGAAUGGAAAAGCGAUAAGGGUCAUGUGGUCGCGUCGUGAUCCUGAUGCAAGGAAAAGUAGCAUAGGGAACGUGUUUGUUAAGAACUUAGCUGAAUCGAUAGAUAAUGCUGGAUUAGAAGAUAUGUUUAAAAAGUUUGGCAAUAUUUUGUCAAGCAAAGUUGUCAUGUCUGAGGAUGGGAAGAGCAAAGGAUAUGGCUUUGUUCAAUUUGAAACAGAGGAAUCUGCAAAUACUGCUAUCGAAAAGCUGAAUGGCUCUACUAUUGAUGAUAAGCAGAUAUUUGUUGGGAAGUUUGUCAAGAAAAGUGACCGCGUUAUGUCUGGCCCUGAUGCUAGAUAUACAAAUUUGUACAUGAAGAAUUUGGACUUAGAUAUUACAGAAACACUUCUGCGGGAAAAGUUUUCCUCUUUUGGGAAAAUUGUUAGCUUGGCUGUUGCAAAGGACAACAAUGGGAUGUCAAAGGGUUUUGGCUUUGUGAACUUUGAUAACCCAGAUGAUGCUAAAAGGGCAAUGGAAGCAAUGAAUGGAUCACAACUUGGUUCAAAGAUUCUGUAUGUAGCCAGGGCACAAAAGAAGGCUGAGCGUGAGCAGAUCUUGCACCAGCAAUUUGAGGAGAAACGGAAGGAGCAAGUCAUGAAAUAUAAGGGGUCAAACAUUUAUGUGAAGAACAUCGAUGAUAAUGUUAGUGAUGAAGGACUGCGAGAUCAUUUUAGUGCAUGUGGCACUAUAACUUCUGCAAAAGUUAUGCGAGAUGACAAAGGGAUUAGUAAAGGAUUUGGUUUUGUGUGCUUCUCCACUCCUGAGGAGGCCAAUAAAGCUGUGAAUACUUAUCAUGGAUUCAUGUUUCAUGGUAAACCACUAUAUGUUGCUCUUGCUCAGAGGAAAGAGGACAGACAAGCACAGUUGCAGCUCCAGUACGCACAGCAAAUUGCAGGACUAGCUGGGCCUUCAACUGCCAUUGUCCCUGGUGGAUAUCCUCCUUACUACUACACAGCUACUGGUGUUGUUUCACACGCGCCUCCUCAAGCCGGGCUCAUGUAUCAACCUCUGCCAUUGAGGCCUGGAUGGAGGGCUAAUGGCUCUGCACCUCCUGUUAGAUCAUUUCAACAGUCACCCAUACCUGUUGCUUCUAAUAAUACUAGACAGCAUAGGCAAAAUAGGGGCAGGAUGAAUGGGCAUGCAGUAUCACAGGGAAAUACUCACUCUGGUACAUAUAUGCCACAAGCCCAGCAGGCUUCUCAGUCAGUGAUUUCUCCAAGAGAGUCAAGUACUCAGCAGAGAACCGGACAGGCUAAGUACGUACCUAGUGGACGCCACCGUGAUAUGGAAAAAGGAUCUGGAUUCUCAUCUGGUGGUUCAAACUCUGGCGGAAGCUCCCAGGGAACAGGAGUGCUCCAUAGCAUGCUUGCUAAUGCUACUCCAGAGCAGCAGAAGGACAUACUUGGCGAGCAUCUAUACAUGCUUGUCCAAAAACUCAAGCCUAACCUAGCAGCGAAGAUUACUGGGAUGCUUCUGGAGAUGGACAAUGCAGAAUUGCUGGUUCUCAUGGAAUCGCCAGAGUCUCUUUCUGCCAAGGUGGAAGAAGCUUUCCAAGUGCUGAAGAACUCUAAAACUAAAGUUUCUGGCCAGGAAGUACUUCAUUCGAAUUUCUUCUCAGCUGAGGUUGCAGUGAACUGAAGAUGUUUGAAGCAUAGAUUGAAUCUAUACAGUGUAUUUCCUCAUGAAAAUAACUUUUUAUUUUUCCUGCCUCGGAACUGACUAGAAUUGGUAGUAAUAGUAAAAUUUAGGGAAAAUUUGUUUUGAAUUUUGAUUACACGGAUUAACUUCGAUGAAUUUUGAUUCAAUAUUUUCA